AUGUCUGAUCCACUUUCAGCCUGGGAUAAGUAUAACCCUAUUAAGGCCAAGCUCUGGAAAACUCCUCAGGUGGUUUACAUUAGAUCGUUAGCUACAAUCAACCUUUUUGUCCUAGCUAUUCGAUUGGUUCAAAUUUUCUUCGCAGGUGUCAUUCUUGGUAUUAUGGCUUACUAUCUGAACAUUCUUCAUAACGAUAAGACUCAUAUUCCAUCAUCGUUUAUAUUUGCACUAGUUGUUCCAGUGUUUGCUAUAUUGACACAAUUCAUUUACUGCUUUAGAUUUGAACAUCACUUGUAUUUUCUGUGGGACUUGGCAAUUGGUCUUGGUUUCUUAAUUUCUUUCUUCUGGUUUCACGAUACUGUUAGCGACCAGCUAUCUUGUGGCUGGGGCGCUUUUAAUCCCUUCGGUUCAGAUCGUUGUGCUCAAACUCGUUCCGUAUUUGUCAUGGAAAUUAUUCUUACAGUUCUUUGGAUUGCAACUGCCGCAAUUCAAGCAUUCGGUAUCUGGCGAACAAAAAGACAGAUCCGUAUGGCUGCUGCUCAAGGAAAAGAGGCAAUCGUGGUUUAA